AUGGCAGUUGGCUUACAGAACAUGCGGGCGCGACCGGGCGCAUACGACGACGACGAUGUGGAAUUUGGGUCGGACAAUGGCGAGAGUGACAUCAGCGAUGAAGCCGACGACGAUGAGGGUAUGAGUGAGCACGAAGACCAACAAAGUGCUGGUGAGGAGGGCUCAGACGUGGAGCAGAAGAUCAGCAAUGUCUCUUUUGGGGCGCUCAAGCAGGCGCAAGAUGCGAUCUCGCGAAAACGAAAGCGUGGCUCAGAUACCACCGCCGAUCAGGAGGACAAGCUUGAGGCGCUGAGGGAAAAGCUUCGCCAGAUCAGAGCACAGAGAGAAGGGCAUGCACAGCCCAAAAAAUCUGAUACAAGUGCCGGCAAGUCGUUGUCGAGAACACAGCAGACAGAGGAAGGUGAUAGCGAAGACGACUCGGACGAUUCAGACUCGGCUCCCUCCGAGGAAGGCGCAGAGAAAUCGCGAUCCUCGAAGCAUGCACCUAUGUCACAAUCCUCAAAGCACCAAGUGACUCGCAAACGCCUAGUAGUAGAUGUGCCCAAGCGGCAAGUGCGCGACCCUCGAUUCGAUGCAAUGCACCAACGGCACGGCCACCCUGGGGACAGCGACAAGGCAUAUGCUUUUUUGCAGGAUUACCAGAAGGCCGAGAUCCAAGAGCUCAAAGGCGCAAUGAAAAAGACCAAGAGCGAAGACGACAAGGAGAUCCUCAAGCGCAAGGUCAUCAGCAUGGAGAACAAGCUGAAGGCUAAAGCUGCCAAGGAGCGCGAGCAAGAAAUUAUACGAAAGCACAGGAAGGAAGAACGUGACAAGGUGCAAGAAGGCAAGACGCCAUACUACCUCAAGAAAAAGGACAUCAAGGAGCGCGCGAUCGUGGAGAAGUUCAAUGACAUGAAGAGCAAAGAUCGUGAAAAGCUCAUCGAGAAGCGCCGGAAGAAGGAGGGACAGAAGGAGAAGAAGCGCAUGCCACAGGCGAGGAGAAUGGUGGGAUAA